AUGGCGCCUGGACUGGCGCGCGGUUUUCCCUCGAGACCUCACCUACGCAAACUUCUCGAUUUCUCUGCUCUACAACCGUCCAGAGUCUCCGGAACCGUAACCGGACGCGGCAAGAACGGUAAUGGGAAAGCAUCUCAUGGCGGCCGAAAGAAGUCGACUCAGAAACCAGGGGCACAAGGACAAGCGACUGGGAAGCCUGCAGCGGCGCGGUCGCGCUCAUUAGCAGAUCGUGCUCCCCGGAAGCUCUCAGCAGUACAGAAAAAUGAACUUAACGCGUUCUCCAUGUUCCGGGCGAAGAUGCGCAAAAUCGCGUCUAAAUUGAUACCGGAGGUUGCAUCGAGGACCGAGGACUUGACCCUAGACCAAGUGCUGGAUGGGUCAGAGCUCAAACGGAAGGGUUUCAAACGCCGUGCAUCCAGGCUCCGAUCGGCGUACCCGGGACGCUCCUACGAAGAGGUGGACAAUGACCUCGGGGCCGUGAUGCCCUUCAAAAGCGGGAAGAAGCCUCUCUCGGAUGAAGCAGCGAGAGUCUUGACUGCCCUAGGACUUUUGGACAGCCGUGCUGUCACAGAUCCUAGUGGUCUGCAGGCAGAGGUAUCUUCAGCACCAGAAGUGACCCAGAGCGCGGCGACCCCAAACCCACAGGCCCUCAUGGUCGAGACUCCGAAAGACCUACUGAAUCCUCCCUCAAUGAUUGUCCCUCCUGCAGAAGAACAUGACGAAGGGACUAUCAGUGCGUCAAAUGUCCUACCCCCACCAAAACAAGAUCCGAUACGCAAACAUGAGGUGAUACCGCAGCAAAAGGAAAAGGCGAGAAUUGCCGUCAUGAAAGGAGACAAUGUACGCGAGGCAAAAGCAGACGCCUUCUCACUGGUGCCAUUGAUGGCAGAGCCAGCAACUGUGCCGAGACUGAGCCAUGAUCUGUCGCGCGUUCUGUUCAAUCCAGGUGUCUACCAAUUGCAGGAUCCACGGUCGAGAGUAUGGAACUUCGAUCCAUACCUGGGCACGCUGAUGCCUGCCUCCGAGUUCAACUACGAGGCAUUGAACAAGUACAUCACCUCCUCUGAGGACACUAAUCUUCGGGAAGUGGCUCUGCAACACACGAAACGGUAUAUCGGUUCCACUUCAAGCAUGUCGGGGGUCCUGUCCCAUUUCCAUUUCCUUCUUUCAGGCUUUCGGGGUCUCAACUUGGAGAACCUGACUCGGGGAUUCAAGGAUGAUGGUGUCCACUUUACCAGACUGCAGAGAGGUCCCACAGCUAUCUUCCUCCGCCACAAAGAUGGUGUAUAUGCCGUGGACGCAGACAAAGAAUUUGAUUCUGCAAACAUCCUUAUGAGUCUCGGCCGCUCAAUGGAGAAGCUCCUGACACUCGACAAGGAAGAAUUUGAACGAUACAGAAGGACUAAGGACGCGGCUAAAGAAUCCCCGAUGCCCUCCACUGAGCCUGAAGUAUAUCACUAUUCAGGAUUGGGCGAGUUCCUGCUGCGUUCUCAACUAGACGCACAUGAUCCUCGCCUGCCCGGGACAGGCAUGUUUGACCUCAAGACCCGAGCCGUGGCGGCUGUCCGAAUGAUGGUCCACAACCAUGAAGUAGGUGCGGGCUAUCAAAUCAAAGAGAGGUUUGGGACGUGGGAGUCGUACGAACGAGAAUACUACGAUAUGAUGAGAUCUGCCUUUCUCAAGUACUCCCUUCAGGUGCGCAUGGGCCGCAUGGACGGCAUCUUUGUUGCGUAUCACAACACCGAACGCCUGUUUGGGUUCCAAUACGUACCUAUUUCCGAGCUUGAUCUGGCGCUGCACGGACAGUCGGACCGUAUUCUGGGCGACCGAGAAUUCUCCCUCAGCAUUCAGCUCCUCAACGACAUUUUCAACGAAGCGACGAAGAAGCACCCAGGUCAAUCGCUUCGGUUUCACUUUGAGGCCAGGGAGGCCACGACUGCCUCUCCGCCUUACAUGUACAUCUUUGCGGAGCCGGUUACGGAGGAAGAGAUCGUCGAGAUUCAAAACCUGAAAAAGGAAGAGAUCCGGGCAUUCGAGGACCGUUUGUUUAACCCACGACGAAGCCCGUCGCACGAGAGUGAUGAGUACGAGGACGAGGAGGAAGAUGAGACAGAGCUCGAGGCUGAAAGUGACGAGGGUAAAUCCAAUGCCCUUCUAGAUCCCGCCUCUCCAGUUACCACAACCGGAGGUCCAGCUCAUGGCUCCAACGCCGCAAAUGUCGCGUUUCUGGAUAGCAUCUUGGGCAUGAAUAUCCACGAUGCCCUGGGAUCCAAAUCGAGCGAUGGGACGGCCGAUUUUCAUUCUUCGGCCAUCGAAGAGUCGGCUGCACAAUCUCCAACGCUGAAACCAUUCUCUGCCUGGAAGCUGCACAUUAGGAAUCUGGUCAAUGGACUGCCAGUUGUCCGACCUGAGAACCUGAAAGAAGGAGAUACGUGGACGUUGCAGUACACACUUAAGCCGCUCGCCGACCACGAAGCUCGUCGACAUUACGGCCUUUGUAAAAAUCGCCGCAAGGCCACGCUGGAAGCUCCCCAGGACGCGGAUGAAGCAGCCAGCUUCUAUAUUCGACGUCUCAUAUCGAUGAGCCGCAGCGGUGCACAGUGGCGGCGGCAUUUGGAUAAACUUGACGCUCAACGCAAACGGGUUGUACUAUAUGGGGAUGAUAGAUAA